AUGGUUUCUGUCGUCGUUUCUGUGGCGAAAGCUUACAAGGAACCAUGUAUCAACGAUGGGCAGGAAUACGCUCACGACGAUGUGUUCCUUGACGCCGACUGUAACAAGUGCCAAUGUAAUGAUGGUAAUACACUUUGCGAGAUGAAUGCGGAAGGAUGUCCUGAAGAGGAAAGCUGUAUCUACGAUGGGCAGGAAUACGCUCACGACGAGGUGUUCCUUGACGACGAUUGUAACAAGUGCCAAUGUGAUGAUGGUAAUACAAUUUGCGAGAUGAAUGCGGAAGGAUGUCCUGAAGUGUGCGAGUACAACGGCAACCGGUACGAAGCAGGCGAAAGUUUCCCAGAUGACGACGGCUGCAACACGUGUAACUGCCUCAGGGGUGGUGCAGUAGCGUGCACCCUCAUGUUAUGUUUAGACACCCCCAUCCCGUUGAAAUGA